AUGGGAUUCACCCACGAUCUGGUAAUUUUGCUACAGCCAUGCAUGGGGUCUUUUCUCAGGGCCACGGGCACGUUGGCUGUGGUCGGAUUGAUCUAUUGUGUGCUUUUGGGUGUGUAUCGUCUGACGCUGCACCCCCUGGCCAAGUUUCCAGGCCCUAAACUGGCGGCCUUCACGCAGUGGUAUGAAACGUAUUAUGAGUUCUUCAAACAGCCAGGAGGGCAGUUUCUUUUCCAUUAUCGCAAGCUACAUGAGAGAUACGGCCCCAUUGUCCGUAUUAGCCCCUUCGAGAUUCAUAUCCAAGACUCAGCUUUCUUCGAGGAAAUGUUCUCGCAAUCUCACCAGUGGGACAAGCUAAAACACCUCGAACAUCGAUUCAACAACGCCAUGGGCACAUUUCCGACCCCGGAGCACGAGGCCCACCGACACAGACGCGCAGCGUUAAACCCCUUUUUCUCGAAGCGAACCAUCGCCAACGCCGCACCCAUGAUGCAGGAACAGCUUGAGAAGCUAUGUUGCCGUCUUCGUCAGGAGUAUAAAGGGACUGGAAAAGUACUGCGCCUCGAUUGGAUGUGGGGAUGUAUUGCGUCGGACAUUAUUGUUCGGUAUUGUUUCGAUCGCGGAUAUGGCUUUUUAGAUGCCCCGGACUUCAGCUCGCCUUUUAUACAGGCUCUAUUUGACUUACUGGAUGGCGUCCAUCUGGUGACGCAGUUUCCAUGGGUUGCGACUGUUUUUAAUGCGUUGCCGGAAAAAGUGGCGGAGGCGCUUCAGCCAGGCCUGAAGUCGGUUAACCACUACAAUAAGGAAAUGAGAAACCAGAUAUCCGAUAUUCUAGACAGCCAUGAAACCUCUAAAGCCUCUGAAAGAAAAACCGUAUUUAAUGCACUGCUUGAAUCUGACCUGCCACCGCAGGAGGUCAGCCUUACUCGCCUCCAGCACGAAGCGAUUACCGUGAUUGGAGCUGGUUUCGAGACGACAAAAUAUGCUUUGACAGUGGCAAGCUUUCACAUUACCAAUACGCCCUCUAUAUUCCAGCGUCUACGUCGCGAGCUUGAUGCAGCUAUUCCAGAUCCAAACCAUAUUCCGUCAUUGGGCGAGUUAGAAAAGCUCCCCUAUCUAACUGCCUGUAUCCAGGAAUGUAUCCGCCUAUCCUACGGUGUCUCCCAGCGAGCUUCUCGCACCUCCGACAAGAUCGCCCUCACCUAUAAAUCCUACGUCAUUCCUCCCGGCACCGUAAUCAGUAUGGACAACUACUCCAUCUCGCACGACGAAAGCAUAUUUCCCGACUCGUACACUUUCAGACCGGAGCGUUGGAUCGGCGACCCACUUGCGCCAGAUGGAAGGAAGCUCACCCGAUAUCUGGUCUCGUUUGGUCGUGGAACGCGCUCGUGUCUUGGCAUUAACCUUGCAUAUGCGGAGAUAUACAUUGCCAUGGCGAAUAUCUAUCGCAACUUUGAGUUUGAGCUGUUUGAAACAGACCGAAGUGCGGUUGAUUGCUACCGCGACAUGUUCUUGCCACAUGCGAAGCCCGGAACGCAGGGGGUUCGGGUUCGGGUCAGCUAA